AUGUCACACGAUGUUUUUCAAUCAAAAAUUGAUCAAACCUUUGAGGGCUGCAGUGGUGUUGUUGGAAUCGCUGACGACAUAGUGGUAUUUGGCAAGACAGCGGAAGUGCAUGAUGAAAACCUACAUGGUAUGAUGGAGAGAUGCCAAAACACCGGUCUAUAGCUCAACCCUGAGAAAUGCUUCAUAAAGCAGAAACAAAUCAGAUUCUAUGGAGUUACAUGAAAUGAAGAGGACAUUAAGUCAGAUCCAUCCAAAGUUUCCGCCUUGAAACAGAUGACAAAGCCCAGAGAUCGUCGUGAGCUCCAGUCAUUCCUUGGGUUAGCCACAUACAUGGGUCCUUUUAUCCCAAACCUUAACUCCAUUACAGCACUAUUACGAGAAAUCCUAAAGAAGAAGAAUACCUUUGAGUGGAAUGAAAACUACCAAUGGGCAUUUGACGAAGUUAAACAAGUCAUCAAUGAAGAGAUCACCUUUAACUAUUUCGACAGCGCCAAAGAAGUUGUUCUACAAGUGGACGCUUCAACAAAGGGUCUUGGAGCAGCGCUAAUACAAGAAGGGAAACCUGUUGCGUUUGCAAGUAAAUCAUUAACAGACGUGGAGACCAGAUAUACCAACAUCGAAGGGAAAUGCUGGCCGAUGUAUAUGGAUGCAAACAUUUCCACACCUAUUUGUUUGGACGAGCAGUAA